CUAUCUAUAAUUUACGUCAUAACUACAAUCCCAUGAAAUUACGUAAUUACAGAAACAAUAAAUAAAUACCAGAAUCAUGAAAAAAGGGAAGAUUCGGUCGGAAGCCUCUAUAUCUAUAACAAAACCUGACAUACAAUUUAAAGAGGAAGUAUAUAUUCCACCAUUCGAUGUGUUGACCAUAAAAGUGAUAAGUUUUCGAGUUCCAGACGAAGAUCCCAAACACUUCGCUAUUAAAAUGACGUUUUACGAUCAGCUGUUAUUGACAGCAAUAAUUAAGUCUAUAGGAAGUCGUGAAAUUAUAAAAGAACAAAAAAUAUUAGCCAGCGGUGACAUGAAUUAUGAUCCAUCUGAUUACGAAAAAAUGUGUCUAUUUGCUGACUGUCCGUUAGUAGUAAAUGCUCAGCCUCUUAAAAGUGGAGAAACCAACUUAUCUGGUGAAUCGGGAGACAAAUUGUUUCUAAAUAAAUCAAGCUCCAUUGUCACAUCCUGCCAGAACAUAAGUUGUUGUAACAUCGAUAUUUUACCUAUUUUUUUGUAUCGUGACAAAAUGUGCAUAACAAAACGAAUGGAACCAAUGAUUGAACCUUCAAUUUUACAUCAGAAAAGUUGGGAUAAUUUACCAUUACUUACAAUAGAACUUUCGGUGAUGAGGAAUCCGCUAAACACUCACCAUCACAAACUACUCAAGGAAGCAAAUUACAUGAAGUUGACACUAAUAGCAUCUUACAAUAUGAUAGUGCCUUAUAAUGACGAAUACGUAUAUAGUGCUGCUUCUAAAAUGCCUCUUCAUAAUGAAACUAAUUGCGGCUUGGUAACAUUUAAUCAAGGUUACAGAAUACCAAAAAAAUACAGAUGCAUGAGUUUUUAUCCUAAAUGGGAGAGCCUCAGACUAAGUGAUAAUAUAUUUACAAAGGGAGACGAAAAAAUUCACUUUAAUAUAGAAGACCUACAAAAUUACCACGACAUAGAUGUGAAUCGUUACGUUCACAAUAGGACAGACCCUUAUACGACAGUGUGGGGCUCAUUUCAUCGUACCCUGAUGUUAAAGGAUUCUAACACCUGGUUAUGGAGACAUUUACGACAAUAUAAGUGGCCUUUAGAAGUGCAUAUGUAUGGAGAACAGGACGGUUAUAGUUUCAUGGCCUUUUUGGACUUAUUUCAAUUACUUUACCCUGGUGAGACCACAAUCCGUUUGGUUGCACCAUUGCAAUGGAUAAACAGUCAGGCAAUGAUGGAGAAUUGUGGCUGUGAUUUACUGCUCAGAUCCAAUAAAAAGGGACCCUCGACACCAGGCAGUACUCAAAAACCUAUCAAAAACACAGGUGAUUCUACACAAGCGAGCACAAACACUGAUGUGGGAUAUAUUGCAAGACCAACAGGAAGUAAUGAAAACUCUGCCUUCGUUAUUGUGGAAGUUAAAUUGGAUAAACCAUUAAAGAAAGCUGUUAUACCACCUCAGAUCACUAAUGCAGAAAUAGAGGAGAUGCUGAAAGAGAUGGAAAGAGGUGCUAAUAAAAGGGAAUGUACUGGACGAGGCCAACUGGACAGAGAUUGGCACGCUACUGUUCGAUCCGCUGUCAACUCAUUACGUAAAGUGCCCCAUUACGGUAUGACGGAAUUUUGUAACUUCAACCGUCAGUUUAGUAAAACGCGCACUCGUGUAGAGCUUACGACGUCCUGCUGGCAAGACGCUGCCGUAUACGUAAAUAAUAACUUUGUCGUCCAAGAUUUCCUCUCCUCUGAUGAACUUUAUGAGGAGAUGUUGAUGAUGGCCCACGCGUGUCUCAUGAAAACCACCUGUGACGUCCUUGUAGGUAUAGACAAUCCACACGAACUAGACCCAGUACUGAGGGCAGCAAGACACGCACGUUACUUGCAGGACAUACCUCACGCUACAGAACUUUAUCUUCAAUUAGUUGUCCAAAGACCUCGCGAUGCAGACUGUUGGCGUGAAUUGGGCACCUGCUUAUUAGAUGUAGAUCGAGACUGGGCCAAUGUCUGCAUUAGCAAGUCUAUAGAGCUCAAUCCAAGGCAUCCUUUGACCCUCUUAUCAAAAGGAUGUAUAGUAUUUGAAAAGGAUCCCGAAGCAGCAGAAAUCUUUUUCGUAGCGUUAUUAUCAUUGCACCCGUUUUGGUCAACCGGCUGGAUUGUUGCUAAUGCCUACUAUUCAGAACGCGAACUUUUUAAUUUGGCGGAUGAAAUAAUGAUGUAUUUUAAAAAGAACCAAACAAAAGGCUACGUAGAUAUUUUGGGUUACCCUAGAUCAUGGAAUAAUGAGCUUGGUGAUUGGUGGGACUACACACCGCUUUUACCAGGAAUGUGUCCAUACUACCACGCGGCAGACCUCCUAUUAAGAUUACGGGCUAUAACGUUGGCAGAAGUAUGUGUGGCAAGAGCUCUAUCCGAGGCGGGUGAGUCGGCGGCCUACUUCCACUUAGUAGCACUAUGUUGCCGACUCCGUGGGCAUAUCGACGAAGCCCUAUGUCACAUCCGACAAGGCAUACAGAAGUUUGGCGAAAUUAGUUAUAUGAGAAGUUUAGAAGCAGAAUGUCUACACAAAAAUAAAGAUUACGAUGGCGCCAAUGCAUGUUUUGAAAAAGCAGGCACCUGUGUUAGUGCUUACAGUAUCCUGCUAGCCAUACCCAACUGUGACCCACAGCGAGCUCGAUCUGUCCUAGUGGAUCUUAUUCGUCGGGAACCUAACGCAUACGCUUGGAUGGCUCUCGCCGACGACUGGAUGAAGCGAGCAACAACGGGAGAGGGUGGUGAUGCUGAUACAACGGAUGGACAAAAGUCAGCCAAGACAUGCGCAGCAGCGUGUGCCGUGCAAGCCCUCAAAUUGGACAGACGGGCUGGCCGAGCGUGGGCGCUGUUGGCAAAGCUUGUCACACCUAGUGCUAGGCGUCAGCACUGCAGGGACAUGGCUAUAGCGUGCGGCUACCAGUGGACAGACGAAUGCAGGGAGAUGGGCUAUCACUCCCAACAAUCGUUGUGCUACAAAGUGAGCACUUCUUUACAAGAGUGCCAGUGUAAACUAUGCUCACACCUCAUAUUUUAACAGUUAAAUAUAUUGAAGUUCUUUGGUACUAACGCUACUAAAAGCUAUGAAGGCCAUGGAAGAGUACAAGUGUUUUUAUUUGUAAAGACUGUAGUCAGUAAAAAAAAUGAAAGAAUAUUAUAAUCACUUAUCAUUUCAAUGACUGCUUUUGUUUGGAAUUUUCUAUUCAGUUCCAUUAAAAAGAGACAUUUUAAUGGAACUAUUAGGAAGGAUGGAAUUAGUAAAAUA